UUUAAAUUUUGAAAAAUGUAUUUUUUUUUAUCUGUAUUAACGAGAUUUUUAGCCCUGGGCUAGUUCAUCUCGGGACCCACGUUUUACUUCCCUUCCGAAGGAAGAACUCACAUUUUGUGAGUUUGUUGGGAGUGGGAUUCGAUCCCAGGUCCUCGGCGUGAUAGUCAAGUGUUCUAACCAUCCAACCAGAUCCGCUCCACGAAAAAUGUAUUGAUUUUUUGAUUUUAUUUGGAAGAGCACCUUUUUCUGAGCCACUAUGAUUUUUUUUAGAUUUUUAGAACUUGAUUUUGGUACCAAAAAUCAUUUUCAAUGAGAUUUUUUUAAAUCACCUUUUGACAGCUGGGCAACCGUUUGACAGCUCCGCCCAGUACAAAAUGCGAUGAGGGGUGAUUCGACAAAUCGCUCCCAUACAAACUUCAAAUUGAUUUUUGAAUAGGUUCCCGGGCACCAAAAUUCAUGAAAAUUUGGAUUUCGGCUCAGUUUGACAUGCAGAUUCAGAAUAUCUAAUUAUCUCAACAUCGUUAAAGAAGCCAAUUCCAGAGAUAAUACAGAUCGUUGUUUUUCUCCCUUGAACGGUGGCUCAACACUGCAGUGCACUGGUCCUCUGCUAAAGCAAUUGUACUCAGCGUUCAUCCACGAAUACGUGCAGCUGGGACAUAUGAAGUCAGCCAUGAUUUGUGCCGGCUUGCUACUUGCCUCGUCACUACAUUGUCAUUGGCAGCUUCACGACCAAUCUCUGGCUGGUCUUUGUUGCAUAUUGCUCUGCCGAGAGUCAGUGUCAUAUUCUAGUUGACUAUGUUGCCAAGAGCGACUUAAUAACGAUUGUCUUGAGGUUCUGAACUCCCCAUUACAUACUUUUCAACUUACCUUUGGAACAUCUGCGGUUCCAUAUCUCGCAACUGAGAACCUACAGAAGCUUUCCGAAAAAGGUUUUGAAAAUUAUCUCGCUGCUGCUGUUGUUCUUGGACUAGAUCUUAAGAUGAACGACAUGCUCACAUGGAUCGACAGCCUCGAAAAAGGUCAUGAAGCCGUUCUUUUUCAGCGAUGAGAUGAGCGUAACCUUUUCGAACUUGAUUCCUCCACUUCGCCUGUAAAAUAACUUGGAUUCCAAUAGGACAUGGUAUCGGAUGCGCUGAAAUUACACAUUCCGAAACACACCGCUCAUUUCCAAUCAGGCAGUACUCUCGGACAUCGCUGGCUCUUUAUACCCUCUCUAGGCCUUGCUGGUCCAGUGUUCAAGCAAAGUUGUGUUUUUCCAAGAUAUUCGGCAAGCAGACUGUGAUUGGGAGGACCCGCUUACAGCAUCUCGUCAUUUCGAGACAGUUUGGUCUCAAGAUAAUUCGUUGGGCUAUCGCAACUAUCACGACUCUCGGAGUUUGGAGUCUUGAGUUUUACGGAUUUUCCGACGCGUCUACAAGAGCUUGUAGUGUGUGUAUUUAUGUCCUCGAUGAGUCGACCUUUGACAACAUUCAUGUUAACCUCCUUUACACCAAAUAUUAUAGGAAUCAAAAUAAAAUCUACUUUGGCGACUGCUUUGAAGUAAGUUAUCACCAUAUAUGUGUUUUUCGUUAUUACGUUGCUUAUUACCCUAUUUUUCACUCGCGGUUGUUAUGAUAAAACGGCCUACUUUUCUCGACUAAAACAAAACUGCCGAAAUAGUAGUUUACGUACAACGUUUUUUGCACCUUCAUAAAUUACCACUUGAGGAUAGUUUUUAACCAAACUUUUUCAUCAAACUGCACACUGAUGUUUAUAGCCACGAUUAAGGAAGUCUGAUCAUAGCAGGUUAUACUGUGCAGUUGUCACAAUUUUUCAAACCUGCGUCCAUAAAGCAUCAAUAAGUUGAUCAAAACUGGAAAAAAAAUGGUUCAUUACAGCACUGAUUUGCGUUGCGUAAUGACCCAUUACAGCACUGUUUUCAGUUUUGGUCGACUUCUUGAUGCUUUCUGGAUGCAGUUUUGAAAAAUGGUGACAACUGCACAGUACAACGUGUUAUGAUCAGAUUUUCUUAGACAUUGGCUACGAACAACUGUGUGCAGUUUGAUUAAAAACUUUUGUUAAAAACCAUCCUCAAGGGUUAUUUAUGAAAUUGCAAAAAAACGUUGUACGCAACUCGGUGCAGAACUCGAUUUUUCCAGCACUCGUCAUAAUUAUCCAACUCGGCAAGCCUCGUUGGAUAAAUGUACAACUCGUGCUGUAAAAAUCGUCAUUCUGCACCUUGUGGCGUAAACUACUAUUUCGGCACUCUUAAGAUUCCCGGUUCAAUAUCGUAUUAACGUGCCUUGCAAUGGAUUGAUCCAUUAAGUUUCGACACGGGGCAUGUUUUAAAUUCAUUAGAGUCGCCCUAGGGAGGUGUUAGGCCAAAACCCUCCCCUAUCUGCAGCCCGCGCCGAGGGCGCCUACGAAGACUGCACUCUUAAGGUCUUUUUGGAAGACACAUCCACCACCGUGAGGGUUCACGGUUUGCCACCUGAUAUGCCCAACGUUGAUGUCGCGAAUUAUAUGAAACAGUUUGGAGUUGUGAAGUCGGUUGUAAGAAAGCUGUGGAAGAAGUAUUUUCCGGGAACGCCCAACGGAGUACGAGUUGUGCGGAUCGAGCUGCAGAAGCAUAUUCCAUCGUAAAUACAUGACCAGAUGAGCAUGGUGAGUUAUCGAAAUCAGCCGACCACUUGCCGAAAUUGCGGUCAACGAUCACACCCAAAUAUAAAAUGUUCCGAAGUAACGAAAGCAACGAAGAAAAACACAACCGCUGGACCAUUGCAGCCGAAAAGCACUGAUGGACCUGCUCAGACGCUUCUACCAACCAGCAACAAUGAAAACAGUGAAGCUGACAACAGUAAAGAAAUAGCAAGAGAGACGAAGAGAAAACGGGAUCGUUCUAUCGAUGCGCAGUCGGCUGGUAUGAAUACCCACAAAUACGCAGCAGAGGAGCCCGAAAGAGAGGAAAUGCAGGGGUAUGAAUGGAUUAUAAGAAGCUUGACCGAAUCAUAGAAAAUUAUAAAAGUUGUUUGAAAAAUGUGAUUCCGUAAUAAUGCGAAAAUAAAAUUAGUUCAGAGAUGAAUGCCCUUGUAGAGUAAAAUCUCUUUAAACUGAAAAAAAAAAAACCCGGAACAGGUGUUUUUCAUAAUUACAAAAAUAAAAUGUAUGCAACUCGUUGCAAAACUAGAUUUUUUCAGCACUCGUCGUAUUUAUCCACACAACUCGUGCUAAAAAAACAUCAUUUCACAAUUUGUUGCAUAAAUAACUAUUUCAUGCAACGCACAAUACAAAAUCGCUUCAAAAUGAAAGAGAAAACAGGGAUCAAUCGGUAUCCUACUUCGCCAGGAACUUUAUGGUUCCCUGAGCCACUUGUUUGUGCAACUGAAACCCAGAUGUCAAUCCAAGGUCAAGAUUUUCUUCUGAACGAAUUCGGAAAUCACGCUCUUGCAAAUCACUGCAAACUUCGCGCAUUGGAAAACGAUUAUCGCCAACCGAUGCUCGGAGAUACAGCUCAUUUCAACGAAUGUUUAGGAAAUUUGUGCUAUUUUCUUAGUGCGGAAAAUAUUGCAGAUAAAAUAUCCACUUUCCCAGUAAAUAGUGUCUGGUAGAACGUAUCAGAUUGACUAACACAAACUAGCUGCUACUUGGUCGUCCAAGAGGCUUUCAACAAAACAACCCAAGCAACACGCAUGUCAUAUAAGAGUUACGGCAGCGCAAGUUUUGGUUGUAUAGAUGCUAAUUUGACGUAAUUCCAACACAAUGCUAGAAUUACAUCCCGCUCCAUACUACCAAAAUCUGCACUAUCGUAACUUUUAUAUGACUGUAGAGUAUGGAGUAAAUGAAUGAGCUUUAAUAAAUACAUAUGUUAAAUAUAUACUUACCGUUGAUUGAUUUAUAGUGAUAAAAUCACCAGUCGACAACUUUUGCACCUCAACUCAAAACAAACCGGAAAAUUGAACAAAUUGAAAUUUUCCGGGUUGCUUUGACAUACGAAAAAGAAAAGAGAAACUGAGAAGUAAACAGAACGAUAAUGACAUUUCUUGCCCCAUGGGAAAAAAUAUGCGUGAGAAAGGGGAAUCGAAUUGUGUUAACUGGGCUGAACCUGGUCGUAUUUGAAAAGGGCCGGUGAAAUGAACGCAGUGAACAAAAAGAGGAAUGGAAUAUAAUUUCCGGUAGUAAAGCAGGAGCGGGUAGAAAGAGAGAAAAUAUACAUUGGCUAAGGGGAAAAAAAGAUAGCUGAACGAGGGUGGUCGAACAGUCUUUCAAGAUCACGUCGAGUCGUCAUUCUUGUGGCUAAUUUCGAGGCGAUCGGUCGGAAUUAUUUUUCAACGUAAAAUAAAUUCUGCAAAAAGCAAAAUGUCGGAAUCGGAGGAGGAUGAUCACAUCGGAUACUACAAUGUCGCAGAUAUCGCUCCCUCAGGGUAAGUAUUCCUGCUGAAGAUAGAUGCAGGAAUCUGGUGCUGUGCAGGAUUCAUUUGCGCGAGGAAAAAUUCAAGAUGGCCACAGAUUCUGUGGAUUUCUACACGUGGUGAUAGUGAGAAACUUCCAAGCAAGCAAAAUAAGAAUUCAAUAGUUUCAGUAGGCUUUUCAAUUCAGAUUGAAAAGUAGGCUGAAAUGAAAUAGAACUAACAGCAACGUUAUAAAAAAAAAAAAAAUACGCUAUGCCAGUAGGCUCACCGACUGAACAUUGGUGAGUAGGCUGCGCAUUUUUUUUUUCAAGAUGGAUAUAGAACUGGUCGAUUUCACACGUGAUGCCAUGCAAAAUUAAAACUAAAUAGUUUCAGUAGGCAUUUUAAUUCAGAUUGAAAUGUAGGCUGAAACGAAAUAGAACUAACAGCAACGUCAAGAUUAAUAAUAGUGCCAGUAGGCUCACCGACUGAACAUUGGUGAGUAGGCUGAGCAUUUCAUUCAGAUGAUCACAGAAUUGGUCGAUUUUACACGUGGUGGUUAGCAAAAUUACAGUUCUUACAAAACUAUUUAGAAAUUACUUGACAAAUGACGAAAGUUUUGAUAUUUUAGGGUUACGUCUAAACCGAAGAGGAAGAAAAAGGUGUCAUCCCACGACAAGGACACGAGUGGUGCAAAACGCAGGAAAUCAUUGAUUGUUCGUCAUCAAAAAGUGCUGAAAACUAAACGCCAAACGUUGCCCACUGGCUUCAUGGAACGGAAGCGGUUUGAGAAGUUGGAAAAAGACCUGGAGGAAGAAAGAGCUCGAAAUUCGUUACUGGUAGACGAAAUGAACAAAAUGCUAGAAGUGGAGGAACCAACUGUAGGAACCAGCACCGUUGUACAUUCACCGAAUACCGGUGGUCAAAGUUCAAUCGAAUUUGAAGGAAUCGUACCAUCAAGCACCCACCGGUCAAAGACUACGACGAGCUUUGAGGAGACAAAAUUUAUGGCGUCUAUCAACCAACUCUCAGUUUCAUCGGUCAACGUGCCGGAGUGUAGGCCGGCAAUCGAAAGCGAAGACAUCAACCGUCAUACCUUCGAACAAUGGCGUGAUCUCCUAGUUGACUCGAUGGCAUUAGCGGGAAUUACGGAUGAGGUUACCAAAUUCACAAUAUUCAAAGUGAAAGCGGGACCUCGGCUACUGGAUAUUUAUCGUAACGCCAAGGCAGAUGAGGACGCACCGGAAGCAGAUUUAUUUCCGUUCACUCAUGCUUUGUACCGACUCAAAGCAUAUUUCGGUUCAGGUUCGGAUAUAAUGCUUCAACGACGUCGACUCGCCUUAAUGGAGCAAAAGAUGGAUGAAUCGGAUUUGGCAUUCGUAACACGCGUUGGGUCUGCCGCCCGACUUUGUGACUAUGGCAAAGGCAAAGAGUUCGAGGAAAUCGUUGGCACAAUUGCUGAACACGCUCAGAGUAAGGAAGUACGCACGAUGGCUCUGAAACUACUAAGCAGAAACGGAACCUUCUCAGACCUGGUGGACAAAGUACGAGAAAUCGAGGCAAUCCGGUUGAAUGAAAAGUUCUUCUCCCAGAAGCACGGCGUGAAAACCGAAGCGAUCGUUGCUCCGGUCUCAGCUGAUUUCCCGAGACGUCCAGGUGGUACUCAGAGGUAUCCAGGAAGGGCGAUCAGUCAACGAGGUUAUCGCGGAAAUCCAGUGGCAUCCAGAUAUCCGACAUACCAAGGCUUUUCACGACCGGAAGUGAGAUCAGGUUUCAACCAACAACGAAAUUUCUUCACGCCACAAAGAAACAGGUGUUGGAGAUGCACCAGCGUUUACCAUACCCCCGCGAAGUGUCAUGCUAUAAACAAAGAUUGCCGAAACUGCGGACGUAUCGGCCACAUUCAGGUGGCAUGUCCUUUGGUUUCAACCGAUAUCCCGAAGCCGUCAGCACCGGUCCAGGAACCAGAUGAAGGAUCUUCUCGAAAGACGAUUGCGGCCAUCGAGAAACGUGAAGAUGAGAAGACAGAAGUAAGUGACUCUGAUCAUUUUUCCGCUAGUUGCCAAGAGUGAAUAUUUUGACUGUUUUGAUUUUAAAUCACUAGUUACGACUGAAGCGUUUUUUGCUUCGUUUUUCAUUCUGUCAUUGCACUUUCUGAAUUACAUAGCUGGUAGUUGAACAUUAAAAACCAGCAUAAGGUUGUGUGUUGCCAUGAUGCAUGGAAUAUAGAUAUCCAUUCAGGCAACUGCUUCCCUUUAUAAUAAGCUUUUUCAUUAGCGUUAAGGUACUCCUAGUUGAAUUAGAGGAGUUUUCAGUGUUCACACAGCAGUUAAGCAAUCUGCCAAUAAAUAAUAACGACUACUCAAUCUUAUUACCUUGACAGACGACACAUCUUACUCCCAUUACUUCCACGGUUGCUACGAUUACAUCUGCAUUCGACGAGGGGUUUAUUGAGGCCACAGUAGCGGGGAUGCCUUGUCGCUUUCUAAUCGACUCAGGAGCGCAAGUGAACACUUUUACAGAGGAAAUGUUCAAAGCUUUGAUGUCGAACGAGGCUUACAGCAGAGAAGUCUUUAACGUCAAACAAGAGUCAGACCGUUCGCUCAAAGGAUACGCAUCAAACGAUACGAUUCGGGUGGCGGCCACUUUCGAAGCUCAUCUAUUCAUAUCCGAUGAUCGGCCGACACUUCUGGAAAAAUUCUACGUGGUACAGGAAUGUCAAGCACUUCUGGGCAGAUUCACAGCUGCGAGGUACAGUGUCCUAAUGUUAGGCAUAAAGGUUCCGCUGAACACUGCAUCGUUUUCCGAAUCGCCAUGGUUACAUGGAGAGAUCGCUGUCAUCGACUUGAAUGAGAAGUUCCCAAAAUUCAAUAUUCCACCUGUCCGUAUCGAGUAUAAUAGGUCGGAGCCACCCUGUCGUAAUGUUUUUAUGAACAUUCCUCAGGCCGUUAAGCCACUUGUUGAAGAACGACUGCAAAAAUUGGAAAUGUCAGACAUAAUUGAACGUGUGACCGACGAAAUGGAUUCGUCCUUCUGUUCCUCGAUGCUAAUUGUACCGAAGGGGAAGAACGAUAUCAGAUUGGUGAUAGACCUCAGAGGACCGAACCGAUACGUCUACAGGACUCCUUUUGCAAUGCCAACAUUGGAAGGAAUUCUGGCGGAACUCCAUGGUGCAAAGUGGUUCUCAACAAUUGAUUUGAGUAACGCGUUUUUCCACAUCGAGUUGGAUCGAGAAUCGCGUCACCUGACAAAUUUUUGUACCGAAUUCGGAAUGUUCAGGUUUGUUCGGCUUCCAUUUGGACUAUGCAACGCGCCGGACAUAUUCCAGGAAACAAUGCAGCGGAAAAUCCUGGGUGGUUGCAAAGGCGUGAAGAAUUUUCAAGACGACGUACUGGUUUUUGGAAGCACGAAGGAGGAACAUGACGAGAAUUUGGCAGCAGUAUUGGACAGGCUUCGUAAUCACAACGUUAAGCUGAACGAAUCGAAAUGCGUAUUUGGGAGCCAGAUAGUAACGUUUCUAGGAUUCACUUUAACUCCAGAUGGCUGGAAAAUAGAGGAAGGAAAAUUGAGUGCAAUUGGAAACUGCAGGCAACCAGAAACUUGUUCUGAGGUCAAAAGUUUUCUGGGUCUCAUUACAUUCGUGGACCGCUUCAUUCCAAAUCGAGCUGAUUUGACACAGCACCUCAGAGCUUUGGCAAACGGAGAUAAGUUUUACUGGACUGACAAAGAGGAGCACGAAUUUCAAUUCUUGAAAAGUGGAGCGCUCAAAGCCAUCAAGACUCUUGGAUAUUACAGCCAGACGGAUCCAAUUGAGCUCUACGUUGACGCAUCUCCAGUCGGACUAGGAGCGGUCUUGAUACAAUAUGACAAGGACCAGUCAGCACGCGUCAUAUCGUGUGCUUCAAAGUCUCUGACUUCAACCGAGAAGAGGUAUCCUCAAUCCCACAAAGAAGCGCUAGCUGUAGUCUGGGGAAUAGAGCGCUUCUCAACGUAUCUUCUCAGUAGAUCCUUUGUUGUCAGAACGGAUGCAGAAGCAAAUCAAUUUAUUUUCAACGGUACGCAUCGCUUAGGCAAACGAGCAUUGUCAAGAGCCGAUGCUUGGGCACUCCGUCUACAGUCGUUUGACUUCACCAUUGCAAGGAUACCAGGGAAUAUGAAUGUAGCGGACGCUUUAUCAAGACUCACCGAUCAGGCACAGGAUCCUAUUCCGGUCGAAGAAGACGACGAGAGCAACUUUUUGUAUGCACUGGACGUAGGGCACAUGAAUAUCACCUGGGGAGAAAUUGAACGACGAACGGAAGAAGAUUUGGAGCUACGGGAGGUGCGAACUGCUUUGCUUAGUAAUGUUUGGCCACGUGAUCUGCAAAAGUACGAAGCCCAGCGAAAGAGUCUCCGCUUCCUAGGAUAUCUCUUGUUUAAAGAUGACCGUGCAGUUUUGCCUGAGGUUCUUCGAAAUACGGCACUACAGUCAGCACAUGGUGGACACGUGGGAGUAGUUGCAAUGAAGAAAAUUUUGAGACAAUUCUUCUGGUGGCCAGGUAUGUCCACCGCGGCCGAAAAGUUUGUCAAGGACUGCGAGGUAUGCGUGCAGCUGUCUAGGAAAAAUCCUCCUAUUCCUCUGUCUAGCAGGGUUCUUCCUGAGGGCCCCUGGGAGAUACUUCAGAUAGAUUUUUUGAAAGUACCAGGAUUCGGCACAGGAGAGUUUUUAGUGGUCAUCGACACGUACUCAAGGUACUUGAAUGUCGUCGAAAUGAAGCAAACGGAUGCCGACAGAACGAAUACGGCCCUAAGCAGGAUCUUUUUGCAGUGGGGUCUACCAUUGAUCAUUCAAAGCGACAAUGGACCCCCAUUCCAAAGCGCAAAUUUCACGAAAUAUUGGGAGGAUAAAGGUGUCAAAAUACGUAAGGCAAUUCCGUUGUGCCCUCAAACCAAUGGUGCCGUAGAGAGGCAGAAUCCGGGCAUCACAAAAGCGUUGACUGCUUCGAAGCUGGAGGGCUCAAACUGGCGCCAUGCCCUGGAGAGGUACGUUCACAAUCGAAACACGUUAAUUCCACAUUCCAGAUUGGGUAUAACUCCUUUCGAGUUGAUGGUCGGGUGGAGAUACAGGGGAACUUUUACUAGCUUGUGGAACCCAUCCGAAACGGGGCUUGAUCGGCUUGAUGUUCGUGAACGUGAUGAUGAUUCCAAGUUGAGAAGUAAGAAGGAUGCUGACGAGUCUCGUAAAGCUAGGGAAUCCGAUAUAAAGGUGGGAGACACGGUACUCCUAGCGCAACACAAGCAUAGUAAAACGGAUGCGAACUUCACGAAUGAGCGAUUCCAGAUCAUUGCGAGGGACGGAGCAAAAGUUGUGCUGAUGAGUGCAAACGGGAUCCAAUACUCUCGCAGCGUGAACGACGUCAAAAAAGCACCGAUGCUGUUCUCGUCACCGAAAUGCAGGAGCUCAGCAUCAACCGAAGACGUUGGAACACAGGAUGGUGAAGGAAUGCUGGAACUUCCAGAAACAGGUGUUUUCGAUAAAGCCUCAAAUGAUGGUGACGUCGGCUCUCGGGAAAAUUUUCAUUCGGGAGGCAGAGCUUUGCGACGGCGUAAUGAAAUACAGCGACCGACGCGGUUUGAUGACAAUUUCAUCUAUACAAUCUUCUGUUGAAACGGUUGAAACGAGUACAUGGAAACUUCGUUGUCUGUAUCAAGAUUUUUGAUUUCUGAAAGAGUAGAGAAGAAGAAUGAUGUAGAGUAUGGAGUAAAUGAAUGAGCUUUAAUAAAUACAUAUGUUAAAUAUAUACUUACCGUUGAUUGAUUUAUAGUGAUAAAAUCACCAGUCGACAACUUUUGCACCUCAACUCAAAACAAACCGGAAAAUUGAACAAAUUGAAAUUUUCCGGGUUGCUUUGACAUACGAAAAAGAAAAGAGAAACUGAGAAGUAAACAGAACGAUAAUGACAUUUCUUGCCCCAUGGGAAAAAAUAUGCGUGAGAAAGGGGAAUCGAAUUGUGUUAACUGGGCUGAACCUGGUCGUAUUUGAAAAGGGCCGGUGAAAUGAACGCAGUGAACAAAAAGAGGAAUGGAAUAUAAUUUCCGGUAGUAAAGCAGGAGCGGGUAGAAAGAGAGAAAAUAUACAUUGGCUAAGGGGAAAAAAAGAUAGCUGAACGAGGGUGGUCGAACAGUCUUUCAAGAUCACGUCGAGUCGUCAUUCUUGUGGCUAAUUUCGAGGCGAUCGGUCGGAAUUAUUUUUCAACGUAAAAUAAAUUCUGCAAAAAGCAAAAUGUCGGAAUCGGAGGAGGAUGAUCACAUCGGAUACUACAAUGACAUGUGUGUUCCUUAGGAAAACUUUCACCCCAAGAAACUGGACGAAAGAACAAUGUCCGUUUCGAUUCAAAUAAAGACCCUGAACUAAUUGUUCGCAUUGUAUUUUUCAAACUACAAGUUUGUUCUAAUCGUUGCGCUGUUUCGUAGAUAAGCCCCUAACGUGAUAGCCACAAAAACAAACAUGUCAUCGCAAUGGAUUCUACACGUCUACGGAGAUGUACGAAGUUACCGUUAACAUGGUGAAACUUGCGCAAACUACGCUACCCGCACUUACAAACAGUCUCAUCUGUUGAAAUUAGGCUAAUGUAUAGCUCGUACUGAAUGGUUGGCUAUCUGUCUGCACCGGCCGAUAGUCAGGAUCUAGGAAACCGAACAGCUACCGGAGGAGUGGAAGGAAGGGAUAAUCUGUCCAAUUCGGAAGAAAGUCAACAAUUUGAAAUGUAAGAAUUUCAGAUCGAUCACUAUUUUAAAUGCUGCCUACAAAGUGCUAUCCCAGAUCAUCUUCCGUCGUCUAAAACGAAUGAGUUCGGGGGAAGUUAUCAAGCCGGCUUCAUCGACGGCCGGUCAACAACGGACCAGAUCUUCACCGUACGGCAAAUCCUCCAGAAAUACCGUGAAUACCAGGUCCCAACGCAUCACCUGUUCAUCGACUUCAAAACGGCAUACGACAGUAUCGACCGCACAGAGCUAUGGAGAAUCAUGAACGAAAACAUCUUUCCUGGGAAGCUGACUGUACUAAUAAAAUCAACGAUGGACGGUGUGCAAAGGAUUUUGGGGGAACUACCCAGUUCAUUCGAAUCUGGUGCUUUGGGGACGACAUGGACAUUAUCACCAAAACAUUUGGAACGGUUGCUGAGCUGUACACCCGCCUGAAACGCGAAGCAGCAAAGGUCGCACUAGUGAUGAAUGCCUCAAAAACAAAGAACAUGCUGGUAGGUGGAACCGAACACGACCGGAUCCGUCUGGGUAGUAAUGUUACGAUAGACAGGGAUACCUUCGAGGUGGUGGAGGAAUUCGUCUACCUCGGAUCCUUACUGACGGCUGACAACAACGAUAGUCGUGAAAUUCGAAGGCGCAUCAUCAACGGAAGUCGGGCCUAAUACGGUCUCCAGAAGAAGCUGCGGUCUAAAAAGAUUCACCCACGCAUCAAAUGCACCAUGGACGCUAAUAAGACCGGUGUCCUCCACGGAUACGAGACAUGGACCAUGCUCGAAGAGGAUCUUCAAGCACUCGGAGUUUUCGAGGGACGAGUGCUUAGGACGAUCUUCAGCGGUGUGCAGGAGAAUGGUGUCUGGUGGAGAAGGAUGAAACACGAGCUCUCUGCACUCUACGGUGAACCCAACAUCCUGAAAGUGGCUAAAGCUGGACGGAUACGGUGGGCAGGGCAUGUUGUAAGAAUGCCGGACAACAACCCUCCAAAGUUGGUGUUUGCUAACCAUCCGGUUGGUACAAAAAGGCGUGGGGCGCAGAGAGCACGAUGGGCGGACCAGGUGGAGCGUGAUCUGGCGAGCGUUGGGCGUGACCGACGUUGGAGAGCUGCAAUUCGAGUAUUAUGGCUGCAAAUUGUUGACUCAGUGUUAUCAUGAAUUUGAUGUUGAACUAAAUAAAUGAUGAACAACUCUAUUAUAACAAAACUAAAAUCUACCACUAAUGACACUUGAGAUGCAUGUAAUGAUAUGUCAUUGUAUGUAUGUAAAUGUUUGUUAUAGUUAUGACCAUCCAGUUGUGAAAAGACGGUUGGAAGAAUGUAAGACUUUUAAUUGGUGACUUGGAAUGAAUAUAUUUUAGAGCCCGAAGGCUAGUAGAAUCGACCGAAACGUCCGGACAAUCUGGUAACAUAAAGUUUAUCAUUUCUCGCCGAAAACCAAUCGAUAAAAAUUUGGCAUAAAAAAUAGGUUUAUAAAACUUUCAAAUUUCUUGAAACCCUAAAUUCAAGUGUUUGCUUUUUAACACCUUCUUGUUUGUUGAAAGUUUGUUAAAAUGUAAUGAUUCAUUUGACUAUUUGCCUUUCUUGUGUCAUUAAAUGAAAUUACAUUUUUGCUAAUUAAAACAUUUUAUUGAAGCCAUCACACUGUCCCUUCCAUUAUCUGAAAACCUUGCUACACUCGUGGUGAAAUACUGAUGCUGGUUACCAUCUCGACGCUAGGGACAGUGAGACACUUUGAAAAUCACAUUGCUCCAUAAAUCAGAAGUGACCCCAUUAGCAAAACCCUUGUGCAGUACUUCCUCAGCUGAUCUGUGUGGGUGGAUAUGGAAAAAAUCUGGCAACCCUAUCGUUUAGCGAAUCUUAAUGCACCCAUCUUUUGAACCCGUCGGGUCAGGGCUACUGCUGUGCUAUAUUCGUUUCUAGUAUGAUCAAUUUUGGCUAUUUGCUUUAAUUGAAUGCAAACGAUAGGCCUAUUCGUCAACCAACUAGCUCCAAUCUACUUCGGAAAUCCCCCAUUUAGCGCGUCAACAAUCAUCGUCAUUAUUUAUAAU